UUUAUUUUAUCAUGAGCUGCGGUACCUUCUUUUUUUUGUAGUCAAUUUGUAACCAGAAAUGUGAAUAGUGAUUAAUAUUGUAAUUUAUAAAAUUAUUUCGAUCACCGUCGAGACCGACUGAUCACCUUUUCGGACGAGUUUUUUUUGAAAUCCGCUAACUCACAGCAGAACAAUGGGUAAACACAAGAAGGCCAUCAGUUCGGACGAGUCAUCCGAUUUUAGCGACGAUGAUAUGAGCAUGGCUAAGAAGAAGAAGCGCUCUAAAGCAUCAUCACCUCCUAGUCGCAGCUACACACCAAAAACAAAGAAAAAGUCCUCUAAAAAGCCAAUUUACGAUUCUGAUUCAUCAUCUUUGUCUGAAGGAGAAAUAGCCUCAGAUGAGGAGCCAAAGAGAAAGCCACAGAACCGGAAGCGACCUGGAAAAAAAUAUGAUAUAUCUGAUGAUUCAUCGUCGAGCAGCAGCAGUGAGUCUGAAAUCCAAAGUCCAGUUCAAGAGAUUAGUCAAGUUAGUGAAUCUUCUGAAGAUUCUGAAGAAGAAUUCAAUGAUGGUUAUGAUGAAGAGUUGAUGGGAGAUGAUGAAGACAGAGAACGUCUAGCACAAAUGACUGAAAAAGAACGAGAAACAGAAAUAUUUAAACGUAUUGAAGCUAGAGAAAUAAUGAAAACAAGAUUUGAGAUAGAGAAAAAACUGAAACGUGCUAAAAAAAAGGAAAUGAAAGAACAAAAGUCAUUAGAAAGAAGUAUGUCUUCAAACAGAUCAGACUCGCCAUAUUCAAGUUCUAUUCCUUUAGAUUUAAAAGAUCGUGUGAAAGAAAGAAAGAAAAAUGUAGAAGAAAAUAAAGGGAAAGGAGACAAAAAAGUUGCAAUGACCUUGUUAAAAGCAAGAAGAGAAGAAAAACGAGAAAGAGAAGAAGAAAAGGAAAAACAACUUAAAAAAGACAUGGAAAAAAAAGGAGACGAUGAUGAUGAAGAAACUAGUGAUAAACAAAAUGAUCAGAAUCAAUCUAAAUUAAAAGCUUCAGAUAUUUAUUCAGAUGAUAGUAAUUCUAGUGAUAGUGAUACUAGUAAUUCAGUUAAAAAAUCAAACCGUCACUUCUUUGACUCCGACUCUGAUACUAAUGAGAAAAAAGUACAUUAUAUUACAAAACGAGAAGAAUUGAAUAAGAUUAGAUUGUCAAGAUUUAAAAUGGAAAAGUUUGUGCACUUGCCAACAUUUGAGAAAACUGUUAUAGGAUGUUUUGUUCGUAUUGGAAUUGGCAAUUAUAAUGGAGUUCCAGUUUAUCGAGUUGCUGAAAUUUGUGAUGUUUGUGAGACAGCUAAAGUGUAUCAGUUGGGAAGUACUCGUACUAACAAAGGAUUAAGACUUAAGCAUGGCACUAAUGAAAAAGUUUUUCGUUUGGAAUUUAUAAGCAAUCAAGAGUUUACAGAGAGUGAGUUUGUUAAAUGGAAAGAACUCUGCAACACGAAUCGAAUACCAUUACCUACUCUUGAUGAACUUGAAAUUAAAGUGAAAGAUAUUAAAGCUGCUCUGGCAUAUCAAUUUAAAGAAGAAGAUGUUGAACAGAUUGUUCGAGAGAAAGAACGUUUCAAAACAAACCCUCAUAAUUAUGCAAUGAAAAAGACUUCAUUAAUGAAAGACAGAGAUGAUGCACAGGCGCUUGGCAAAGUAGAAGAAGUUUUGAGAAUUGAACAACAGCUAUCAGAUUUAGAAGAGCGAGCUAAUCAUUUAGACAAAAUGAGAACAAGCACAAUAUCUAGUAUAAGUUACAUAAAUGAUAGAAACCGUAAGCGGAACGUUGAAGAAGCUGAAAAGGCUAUUCUGGAGGAACUCAAGGCUAAUAAAGGGAAAAAAAUUGAUGACCCAUUCACUCGUAGAAGUACCAAACCAUGUAUGAAGUUUAGAGCAAAAACAAAUUCUGCUGUUGAUGGUUCAAUGGCUUCAGAAGUUGAAGAAUCUAAAACUGAUGCUGAAAUUAAUGACAUUAAGAAUGAUAGUAGUUCAUCAAAAAGCAAUGUGAUGAAGGGUGAUGAUUUAUAUGCAGUACAUGAUUUUGAUAUUGACUUAAACAUACAGUUACCAAUUUAGGUAUAUUAUUUUAAUAUGUAUAAAAAAAAAAAAAAAACAGUUCUUGUGAGUUAUUUUGUAAAUAU